GACUCAUCCCGAGGAAGGACUGUCUUCUGGGAAACAGGUCCCCCAGUGCAGAGAAGUGCCUUUGAAGAUGAGACCAUGAAGCUUCGACAACUGAAACUGGACAAUCAGAGAGCACUACUGGAGAAGAAGCAGAGGAAGAAGCGCCUGGAGCCGCUCAUGGUCCAGCCAAACCCAGAAGCCAGGCUGCGUCGGCUGAAGCCCAGCGGCAGUGAGGAGCACACGCCGUUGGUAGAGCCGCAGACUCUUCACAGCGACGUCGUCCUGCAUGGCAUUGAUGGUCCAGCUGCUUUCCUAAAGCCAGAUGCUCGUGAUGUGGAGACCAAGCUUCAUGUUCUCUCAGUAGACUCUUCUGCUACAGAGGAAGAUGCUGAAGGCACUGUGGAUGCUGAAGGCACUGUGGAAAGCACUGUAAAUUCUACUUCCAAACAAGACCUUCGGGAAAUUCUCCAAAGACAUGGUAUCUCAGGCAGUUUGAACUUCGAUGAGGAGGAGACUGAUGAUGAAGAAGAAGAAAAAAGACUAAAUUCCCAGGCACCUUACUUAGAAAUGGAGAGGCCUGGUUCUGCGUCCAGCCAGAGAUCAACCACAACCACAGGCGCUGCGGGCACCGCAGCCCCACAGCUCGACGCGCAGCUGGGAGAGCUGGAGAACCUGGAGGACUUUGCGUACAGCCCUGCCCCCCGCGGUGUCACAGUGAGGUGCCGGAUAACCAGGGACAAGAAAGGAAUGGACCGGGGUCUCUUCCCCACGUACUUUAUGCACUUGGAAAAGGAUGACAAUCGGAAGGUCUUUCUUCUUGCAGGCAGAAAGCGGAAGAAGAGCAAAACAUCCAACUACCUGAUCUCCACCGACCCAACGGAUCUAUCUCGCGAGGGGGAAAGCUACGUUGGCAAGCUCAGGUCCAACCUGAUGGGGACCAAGUUCACGGUGUACGACCACGGCGUCAGCCCGCUGAAGGCCCAGGGUCUGGUGGAGAAGACCCACACCCGGCAGGAGCUGGCUGCCAUCUGCUACGAAACAAAUGUGCUGGGAUUUAAAGGGCCUAGGAAAAUGUCUGUGAUUAUUCCGGGGAUGAAUAUGAAUCAUGGACGGAUCCCGUUUCAGCCGCGAAAUGACCACGAGAGCUUGCUUUGCAAGUGGCAGCGCAGAGCCAUGGAGAACCUGAUCGAGCUGCACAACAAGGCCCCGGUGUGGAACGACGACACGCAGUCCUACGUGCUGAACUUCCACGGCCGGGUCACCCAGGCGUCCGUGAAGAACUUCCAGAUCGUGCACGAUAACGACCGUACGCCGGGGCGGCCGCGGGACGGGAGGGGCCCCACCGGUGCAGGGCUGAUUACAUUGUCAUGCAGUUCGGGCGUGUGGCGGACGACGUGUUCACCCUGGACUACAACUACCCGCUGUGCGCGCUGCAGGCCUUCGCCAUCGGGCUCUCCAGCUUCGACAGCAAGCUGGCGUGCGAAUGAGCGGGGCGCGGGGAGCCUCCUCACACAGAGCUCCCGGGGCAGAAGUCUGCCCCGUGGGCCGGGAUGCAGCUCAGCGGCACAGGCCUGGCAAGUGCAAGGACCUGAGUUCGCUUUCCGGUACCAAAAAGAAAAGUGUGCCCCUUCUGGUGGCCCCUGAGCACAUGUAUGUGUAUAGUGUGUGUGCGCAGAUGUGUGCUCAGGUGUGUCUGUCCACGCAGCAUGCACACGGCCCUUCUCUGGGCUGGACAGACUCAGUCAGGGCACAACUUUCUGAGUGAGCUGUUCCAGCCAGAGCCACUGCUCAGGGCAGCGGGGACUCCCGGGUCACUGUCCUGCAGUUGGUCUCUCCUGAAAAAGGUUUUCUGCGCUCCGAAACUCACGGCCUGAAGAAUCAGAUCAGGCUCUCACAGGUUUUUUUUUUUUUCUUCUUUUUUUUUUUUGAGACAUGGGUCUCACUAUGUAGCCCAGGCUGGCCUUCAAUUUGUGAUCCUCCUGCCUCAGCCUCCUGAGUGCAGGGAUUAUAGGUAUACACCCCAGUCUCUGGCUUCUAGAUCUCUUUUCAAAGAGAGACAGUGCUCUAAAUUGCCUUUAGCCUGCAGGAAAAAGCAUGCACUCUCUCUACAAAAGUCCUGCUAGUCCCCCACAGCCACUCGGAUCCAAAGCAGCUGCAGAUAACCCACACGAAGGAUGUGGCAGUGUCCCAGCAGACUUGACGUACGCAGAAGAGGCCGAGCCGCUGCCGACCGCGCCCUGCUCCGGGGCUGUCCUCGGGCUCCAUGGCGCGAGCAUCUCCCGGAGUGGGCUGCAGUCAGGGCCGUGAGAACGUGGCGCAGUCCGGGCCCAGGCCCUGCAGAUGGUCCUCAGCAGCAUCCACGUGGCUGUGCUUCGGGAAACGGGCUCUAGAGUGCCGUCUCCCAUCAGCACUGAGCGAACCCAGACUCCGUGGUACUGUGUGUCCACACAGGUGACCUUGCUGCUGUCCUGCCGAGCUUCCUCACGGGAGAGGGCGGCGUCCGCAGUUUACUGCCUGAAAAGAACCCGGGCGCACGCUCGGCCUCCCGGGCCUCUCCUUCCCACAGGCCCCUCUUCCCUCCUGGUCGCCAGGCGCCCUCUCCCCCCCCAGGUCGGCGGGUGCCCGUCUCCACCACAGGGUGUGCGGCUGGAUCUGCGAUGGGCUCUGGCAGAACUGGCUCUGAUUGUGUCCAUCUCCGCAAAGGGCCGUCCAGGGAGGACGGAAUCCUUCGAUAGCCGCCUUUACUCUGAGCCCGCUGUGCUCCCCGCACUCACCUGCAGGUGUUGGGGUGGGUGAGGGAGCACCACAUACGGGCCCUGCGUGGUGUCCUUGUCAGAGAGGUGCAGGCGCGGCUGGGGGGCCAGGCGGCUGACCUGCACUCUGCAGGCCUCCCUUGGGCAGAGCCCGGGCCCUCGCCUUGUUUCCGGGUCCCCGAGGCUGGCCGUCAGUGUGGACGGUGCUCCUGGGGCGCCGCACAUCCCAAGACGCCUGCUCGGCCUUCCCGAGGAUGCACACCUCCCAGCAAACGGACGCUCUUCCAGUUCACUGGCCCUGCUCGAAUCCAGACUCAAGAAUCCAAAAGCAGCUGUGCGCGCAGCGUGGCCCGGCUCCCGAGCCUGGGCGCCCAGAGCGUCCGCCAGCCUGGGAUGAGGGUCAGUGCCCCGGGGCGAUUCCGCUCUUUGGCCUUCCCUUGUCCCGGCUGCCCUGGCUCCUUGCUGCACAUGAGAUGGCCACAGGAAGGCCAGAGGUCCCGGACGAGACGGCUCUGCUGUGUGGGCCCGCGCGUGCUGACGGGAUUGGUUUCCAGCGCAGGCAAGCUUCCCAUCAAGUGCCUCAUUUCUAAGUGCCCUGAAGCCUGUCCGCCUCUGCGCCCAUUGUCCCAGUGAGCUCACAGGCCGCCUGGUGAAACAAGGCCGCCUCCUCUCCAGCCGCAGGGUGUCACAGGGACUGGGGACCUCCAGGACAACUCCGUCUCAUCCUGUCCUCUGGCCCAGAAAGCCACAGCCCCACUGCCAAGUACUCUGCUUGAGUGCGGGUGAUUGCUUUUACAGAAAUCGUGUUUAUACCUUUUGUAUGCUACAGAAAUAAAAUAUUUAUAUUAAAACA